AUGCUGGCCAUCAAGACCUUCUGCCCCAAGUUCCACAAUCAGUGGAUUGAGGUGGCCAGCAACAAUACCACAGCUGUAGCCUACCUGUGCAACAGGGGCAGAAGUGAUGCUGAGAUGACAAGAAUGGUGAAGCAUGUGUGGUCUGCCCUGCACACAAGCAGUUGCACACUCUACAUGGCAAGGUGGGUCCAUAGUGUGAUGGAGAACCAGGAGGCAGAUGCCCUGUCCUGGUUCAUUGACACUGACAACUGGUCACUCCAUGGCGAGACAGUGGAGCUGCUGCAGUCUGUGCUGGGCGAAUGGCAGGUUGACUGGUUCACAGACGCAGACAAUCAGAAGGCAGCAGUGUUCAACACAUGGUUUGAAAGCCCAGGCUGCCAGGCAGUUGAUGCCUUCGCCCAGGACUGGAGGGGCUGGGUGAACCUGCUGGUCCCACCCAUCCCACUCAUGGGCAGGGUGCUCGCGCACCUUGUCAAGUGCCAGGCGGUGGGCAUCCUCGUGGUGCCACACUGGCCCGGUCAGGAGUCAUGGCCACUGCUGCAAGUGACCUUGGUGUUGAUGGGGUCAGUACUGGAGGCCACUGCUCACCGCGUUGAAGAGCUGGUGGGACUAGCUUGGGCAGAGUCCACCCAGCACUGCUACAAGCACUGGUGGUCAGAGUUCAAGGCCUUUGCCACCAGGAGUGGGCUUGUGGCGCUGCUGGCGGGCGAGGAUAUGGUCCACUGCUUCUUGGCGUGGCUGGACCUGGCAGGCUGA